CGACGGGGGGGGGGGGCCAUCGCGGUGACCCCAGCAGUGGCCUCGCUGCCGCGCGCCGUGGCUGAGCCGUUCCGACUCCUCGGACCCCCCGGGCCGGAUCUCACCCUUGCGCGCAGCGGAGACAGCGGAGGCGGCCACGGGAGCGUGAAGCAGCAUGUCUGACAAAAUGUCCAGCUUCCUCUACAUUGGGGACAUCGUGUCUCUGUACGCGGAGGGCUCAGUCAACGGCUUCAUCAGCACCCUGGGGUUGGUGGAUGACCGCUGUGUGGUACACCCAGAGGCAGGGGAUCUUACCAACCCCCCCAAGAAGUUCAGAGACUGCCUUUUCAAGGUCUGCCCCAUGAAUCGAUACUCUGCCCAGAAGCAAUAUUGGAAAGCCAAGCAGGCGAAGCAAGGAAACCACACAGAGGCUGCCCUGCUGAAGAAGCUUCAGCAUGCUGCUGAGCUGGAGCAGAAACAGAAUGAGUCGGAGAACAAGAAACUGUUGGGAGAAAUCGUGAAAUACAGCAACGUUAUACAACUACUGCAUAUAAAGAGCAACAAGUACCUGACUGUCAACAAGAGGUUGCCUGCUCUGCUGGAGAAGAAUGCCAUGCGCGUGUCCUUGGAUGCCGCAGGGAACGAAGGGUCCUGGUUCUACAUCCAUCCCUUCUGGAAGCUGAGAAGCGAGGGUGAUAAUAUCGUCGUAGGAGAUAAAGUUGUUCUGAUGCCGGUGAACGCUGGGCAGCCCCUGCAUGCCAGCAAUGUGGAACUCCUGGACAACCCAGGCUGCAAAGAGGUGAAUGCUGUCAAUUGCAACACUAGCUGGAAAAUCACUUUAUUCAUGAAAUUCAGCUCCUAUCGUGAGGAUGUGUUGAAAGGGGGUGAUGUCGUGAGACUGUUUCAUGCCGAACAAGAGAAGUUUCUGACCUGUGAUGACUACGAGAAAAAACAGCACAUUUUCCUUCGGACGACCUUGCGUCAGUCAGCAACGUCAGCUACUAGUUCUAAAGCACUCUGGGAAAUAGAGGUGGUUCACCACGAUCCGUGCCGGGGCGGUGCAGGACAGUGGAACAGCCUGUUCAGAUUUAAACAUCUUGCCACUGGGAACUACUUAGCUGCCGAGCUUAACCCUGACUAUCGAGAUGCUCAAAACGAGGGAAAGACUGUGAGAGAUGGAGAGCUUCCAACCUCAAAGAAGAAACGCCAGACUGGGGAGAAGAUUAUGUACACGCUAGUCUCAGUACCACACGGAAAUGACAUCGCAUCCCUUUUCGAACUUGAUGCCACAACUCUUCAGAGAGCUGACUGCCUGGUUCCAAGGAACUCCUAUGUGCGGCUAAGGCAUUUGUGCACCAAUACUUGGGUAACGAGCACCAGCAUCCCCAUCGACACGGAGGAAGAGAGGCCCGUCAUGCUGAAAAUUGGAACCUGCCAGACUAAGGAGGACAAAGAAGCCUUUGCCAUUGUGUGCGUCCCACUGUCCGAGGUCCGAGACUUAGACUUCGCCAAUGAUGCCAACAAAGUGCUGGCAACCACGGUCAAAAAACUGGAGAAUGGCAGCAUCACUCAGAAUGAGAGGAGGUUUGUGACUAAGUUGUUGGAAGACCUCAUCUUCUUUGUGGCUGACGUGACUAACAACGGACAGGAUGUUCUGGAUGUGGUCAUCACCAAGCCAAACCGGGAACGGCAGAAACUAAUGAGGGAACAAAACAUCCUGGCACAGGUGUUUGGGAUCCUUAAAGCGCCUUUCAAGGAGAAGGCGGGAGAGGGCUCGAUGCUGAGGCUGGAGGACCUGGGCGACCAGCGCUAUGCCCCCUACAAGUACGUGCUGCGCCUCUGCUACCGCGUCCUGCGGCAUUCCCAGCAGGACUACCGCAAGAACCAGGAAUACAUCGCUAAGAACUUCUGCGUUAUGCAGUCCCAGAUUGGCUAUGAUAUUCUGGCCGAAGAUACGAUCACAGCCUUGUUACACAACAACCGAAAACUACUGGAGAAGCACAUUACUGCAAAAGAAAUUGAGACCUUCGUCAACCUGCUCAGGAGGAACCGGGAGCCCAGGUUUCUGGACUAUCUGUCUGACCUCUGUGUGUCCAACAGCACCGCCAUCCCUGUCACUCAGGAACUCAUCUGCAAGUUCAUGCUGAGCCCCGGCAAUGCAGACAUCCUCAUCCAGACAAAGCUAGUGUCCAUGCAAGUGGAAAACCCCAUGGAGAGCUCCAUCCUUCCCGACGACAUUGAGGACGAGGAGGUGUGGCUCUACUGGAUUGACAGCAACAAGGAGCCUCAUGGCAAGGCCAUCAGGCACCUCGCCCAGGAAGCCAAGGAAGGCACCAAAGCUGACCUAGAAGUUCUGACCUAUUACAGGUACCAGCUAAACCUCUUCGCAAGGAUGUGCUUGGACCGCCAGUAUCUGGCCAUCAACCAGAUUUCAACACAGCUUUCCGUAGACCUGAUCCUUCGCUGUGUGUCUGAUGAGAGCCUGCCCUUUGACCUCCGAGCCUCUUUCUGUCGACUCAUGCUCCACAUGCACGUUGACCGGGAUCCCCAGGAGUCUGUGGUGCCUGUCCGCUACGCCCGGCUCUGGACCGAAAUCCCCACAAAGAUCACGAUUCAUGAGUAUGACUCUACCACAGACUCCUCCAGAAAUGACAUGAAGAGGAAAUUUGCCCUCACAAUGGAAUUUGUUGAAGAAUAUUUGAAAGAAGUUGUAAAUCAGCCAUUUCCUUUUGGAGACAAAGAGAAAAAUAAACUGACAUUUGAGGUGGUCCACCUGGCUCGGAAUCUGAUAUACUUUGGAUUCUACAGCUUCAGUGAGCUGCUGCGGCUGACAAGGACCCUGCUGGCCAUCCUAGACAUCGUCCAGACCCCCAUGUCAUCGUAUUUUGAACGAUUAAGCAAAUUUCAAGAUGGAAGCAACAAUGUCAUGAGGACCAUCCACGGGGUAGGAGAGAUGAUGACCCAAAUGGUGCUUAGCAGAGGCUCCAUCUUCCCAGUGAGUGUGCCCGAAGCGCAGCCCAGCGCCCACCUCAGCAAGCAGGCAAGCCCCAGUGACCAGGAGGACGUGACGGUGAUGGACACCAAGCUGAAGGUCAUUGAGAUUCUACAGUUCAUCCUGAGUGUCAGGCUGGAUUACCGGAUCUCAUACAUGCUGUCCAUAUACAAGAAGGAAUUUGGGGAGAACAAUGACAAUGGUGACACCUCUGCCAGUGGAUCCCCGGACACGUUGCUACCAUCAGCUAUUGUUCCUGACAUUGACGAGAUUGCAGCCCGGGCAGAAACGAUGUUUGCUGGAAGGAAGGAAAAAACUCCAGUUCAGCUUGAUGAUGAAGGAGGCAGGACGUUCUUGCGGGUCCUCAUCCACCUGAUCAUGCAUGACUACCCCCCGUUGCUCUCGGGGGCCUUGCAGCUCUUAUUCAAGCACUUCAGCCAGAGAGCAGAAGUGCUGCAGGCCUUUAAACAGGUGCAGCUGCUGGUGUCGAACCAGGAUGUGGAUAACUACAAGCAAAUCAAGGCAGAUCUCGACCAGCUCAGGCUGACGGUGGAAAAAUCUGAGUUGUGGGUUGAGAAGAGCAGCAGCUAUGAGAAUGGAGAGAUUGGCGAAGGUCAGGCCAAAGGAGGCGAAGAGACAAAUGAGGAAUCCAACCUCUUGAGUCCGGUGCAGGAUGGCGUGAAGACGCCGCAAAUUGACAGCAACAAAGGCAACAACUACCGGAUCGUCAAGGAGAUCUUGAUCAGGCUGAGUAAGCUCUGCGUGCAGAACAAGAAGUGUCGCAACCAACACCAGCGACUGCUGAAGAACAUGGGGGCUCACGCGGUGGUGCUGGACCUUCUGCAGAUCCCCUACGAAAAGAACGAUGAGAAGAUGAACGAGGUGAUGGAAUUAGCCCACGCCUUCCUGCAGAACUUCUGCCGGGGGAACCCACAGAAUCAAGUUCUCCUUCACAAACAUCUCAACCUGUUCCUGACUCCUGGACUCCUGGAAGCAGAAACCAUGCGACACAUCUUCAUGAACAACUAUCACCUGUGCAACGAGAUCAGCGAGAGGGUCGUCCAGCACUUUGUGCACUGUAUUGAGACGCACGGCCGCCACGUGGAGUACCUGCGGUUCCUGCAGACGAUCGUGAAAGCAGAUGGCAAAUACGUGAAGAAAUGCCAGGACAUGGUAAUGACCGAGUUGAUCAACGGGGGUGAAGAUGUGCUGAUAUUUUACAACGACAGAGCAUCAUUUCCCAUCCUCCUCAACAUGAUGUGCUCAGAGAGAGCCCGCGGGGAUGAGAGCGGCCCCCUAGCCUACCACAUCACCCUUGUGGAGUUGCUGGCAGCCUGUACGGAGGGGAAGAACGUCUACACCGAAAUCAAGUGCAAUUCUCUCUUGCCUCUGGACGACAUCGUGAGGGUGGUGACCCAUGACGACUGUAUCCCUGAGGUGAAGAUUGCAUAUGUGAACUUCGUCAAUCACUGUUAUGUUGACACGGAAGUGGAGAUGAAAGAAAUCUAUACAAGUAACCACAUUUGGAAGUUAUUUGAAAACUUCUUGGUGGAUAUGGCAAGGGUCUGUAAUACCACCACGGACAGGAAACACGCAGACGUCUUCCUGGAGAGGUGUGUGACGGAGUCGGUCAUGAACAUCGUCAGCGGCUUCUUCAACUCGCCCUUUUCGGAUAACAGUGCCAGCCUCCAGACACACCAGCCGGUCUUCAUCCAGCUGCUGCAGUCUGCAUUCAGAAUCUACAACUGUACCUGGCCCAGCCCAGCCCAGAAGGCCUCGGUGGAGUCCUGCAUCAGGGCGCUGGCUGAAGUGGCCAAAAAUCGUGGUAUUGCAAUCCCAGUGGAUUUGGAUGGCCAGGUUAACACACUCUUCAUGAAGAACCAUUCAAGUACGGUGCAGAGGGCGGCCAUGGGCUGGAGGCUCUCAGCUCGAUCUGGACCUCGGUUCAAGGAAGCUCUUGGAGGGCCAGCAUGGGAUUACAGAAACAUUAUCGAGAAGUUACAGGAUGUCGUCGCAUCCCUGGAGCAGCAGUUCAGCCCCAUGAUGCAGGCCGAGUUCUCCGUGCUAGUCGACGUGCUCUACAGUCCGGAGCUGCUGUUCCCGGAGGGGAGCGAUGCCAGGAUAAGAUGUGGCGCCUUUAUGUCAAAGCUGAUUAAUCACACAAAGAAACUAAUGGAGAAAGAAGAAAAACUGUGCAUUAAAAUCCUCCAGACCUUACGGGAGAUGCUGGAGAAGAAAGACAGCUUCGUGGAAGAGGGUAGCAUACUCCGGAAAAUCCUCUUGAACCGCUACUUCAAAGGUGACCAUGGCGUUGGUGCCAAUGGACCUCUGUCAGGGGCCUAUGCCAAGACAGCACAAGUGGGAGGAGGCUUCUCUGGACAGGACUCGGACAAGAUGGGGAUUUCCAUGUCUGACAUCCAGUGUCUGCUGGACAAAGAAGGAGCAUCCGAACUUGUCAUCGAUGUCAUAGUGAACACCAAAAAUGACAGGAUUUUCUCCGAAGGCAUUUUGCUUGGCAUCGCCUUGCUGGAAGGAGGAAACACACAGACCCAGUAUUCUUUCUACCAGCAGUUGCAUGAACAAAAGAAGUCAGAAAAAUUCUUCAAAGUCCUUUAUGACCGGAUGAAGGCCGCUCAGAAAGAGAUCAGAUCCACGGUGACUGUCAACACCAUAGACUUAGGGAGCAAGAAGAGAGACGAUGACAAUGACCUCGUGGCCUCAGGCCCUCGGAUGAGAGUGAGAGAUCCAUCACUUCACCUGAAAGAGGGAAUGAAGGGACAGCUAACAGAGGCCUCCUCAGCCACCUCCAAAGCCUACUGUGUGUACAGACGAGAGAUGGACCCAGAGAUAGACAUGAUGUGCCCAGGCCCAGAAGCGGGGAGUGCAGAGGAAAAGUCUGCCGAGGAAAUUACCAUGAGCCCAGCCAUCACCGUCAUGCAGCCCAUCCUCAGGUUCCUGCAGUUACUGUGUGAGAAUCACAACCGGGAGCUACAGAACUUCUUGAGGAAUCAGAACAACAAAACAAACUACAAUCUUGUGUGUGAGACGCUGCAGUUUCUGGACUGCAUUUGUGGAAGCACCACAGGCGGCCUGGGCCUGCUGGGGCUCUACAUCAAUGAGAAGAAUGUAGCGUUGGUGAACCAGACCCUGGAGAGCUUGACGGAGUACUGCCAGGGCCCGUGCCAUGAAAACCAGACCUGUAUCGCCACUCACGAGUCAAAUGGCAUUGACAUCAUCAUCGCCUUGAUUCUGAAUGACAUCAACCCUCUUGGCAAAUACAGAAUGGACCUGGUGCUACAGCUGAAGAACAACGCCUCCAAGCUUUUGCUGGCUAUUAUGGAGAGCAGACAUGACAGCGAGAACGCAGAGAGGAUUCUCUUCAACAUGAGACCUAGGGAGCUGGUGGAUGUGAUGAAGAACGCCUAUAACCAAGGACUGGAGUGUGACCACGGGGACGAGGAAGGAGGGGAUGACGGGGUUUCUCCCAAGGACGUUGGACACAACAUCUACAUUCUGGCCCACCAGUUGGCCCGACACAAUAAACUGCUUCAGCAGAUGCUCAAACCAGGAUCUGAUCCCGAAGAAGGGGACGAAGCCUUGAAGUAUUACGCCAACCACACUGCACAGAUUGAGAUUGUGCGGCACGACAGGACUAUGGAGCAGAUUGUCUUCCCUGUCCCCAACAUCUGCGAGUUCCUCACCCGGGAAUCCAAGUACCGAGUGUUCAACACCACGGAGAGAGACGAGCAGGGAAGCAAGGUGAAUGACUUCUUCCAGCAAACAGAGGACCUCUACAACGAGAUGAAAUGGCAGAAGAAGAUCAGAAACAACCCCGCCCUGUUCUGGUUCUCCAGGCACAUCUCCCUCUGGGGGAGCGUCUCCUUCAACCUGGCUGUGUUCAUCAACCUGGCUGUGGCUCUCUUCUACCCUUUCGGGGAUGAUGGCGAUGAAGGUACGCUUUCCCCGUUGUUCUCGGUUCUCCUUUGGAUAGCAGUAGCGAUCUGCACAUCUAUGCUGUUUUUCUUCUCCAAGCCUGUGGGUAUCCGGCCAUUUCUUGUGUCUAUCAUGCUCAGAUCAAUAUACACCAUCGGUCUGGGGCCAACACUAAUACUUCUUGGUGCUGCUAAUCUAUGUAAUAAAAUCGUGUUCCUGGUGAGUUUUGUGGGAAAUCGAGGCACAUUCACCCGAGGUUAUCGAGCGGUCAUCCUGGACAUGGCCUUUCUCUACCAUGUGGCGUACGUCCUGGUUUGCAUGCUCGGCCUCUUUGUCCACGAGUUCUUCUACAGCUUCCUGCUCUUUGAUUUGGUGUACAGAGAAGAGACCCUGCUGAACGUCAUCAAAAGCGUCACUCGCAAUGGCCGCUCCAUCAUCCUGACCGCGGUCUUGGCUCUCAUCCUGGUCUACCUGUUCUCCAUCAUUGGCUUCCUUUUCCUGAAGGAUGACUUCACCAUGGAAGUGGACAGACUGAAAAUAAAAACACCAGUCCCAGGUAAUCACGGGGCUCCCACCAUGACCCUACCUUCCAUGAUGGGGACCUGUCAGAAGGAGAACUGUUCACCCACGAUCCCCUCUUCCGACGCAGCUGACGAAGGGAGUGAUGAUGGAAUCGAGAGGACGGGAUAUGAGUGUGCAUUCCAUGUGUGUUUCACACUUCGGUUGCAGGAGCCCUUGUUCGCCGCCCGGGUGGUUUAUGACCUCCUCUUCUUCUUCAUUGUCAUCAUCAUCGUUCUUAACCUGAUCUUCGGUGUGAUCAUUGACACCUUUGCUGACCUCAGAAGUGAGAAGCAGAAGAAGGAAGAAAUUCUCAAGACAACCUGCUUCAUCUGCGGCCUGGAGAGGGACAAAUUUGACAACAAGACAGUCUCCUUCGAAGAACACAUUAAAUCAGAGCACAACAUGUGGCAUUACUUGUACUUCAUCGUCCUGGUGAAGGUGAAGGACCCGACAGAAUACACAGGGCCUGAGAGCUACGUGGCUCAGAUGAUCACGGAGAAGAAUCUGGACUGGUUUCCUCGGAUGCGGGCCAUGUCACUUGUCAGCAAUGAAGGUGACAGCGAGCAAAACGAGAUCCGGAACCUGCAGGAGAAGCUGGAGUCCACCAUGGGUCUGGUGAGGCAGCUAUCUGGGCAGCUGGCAGAGCUGAAGGAGCAGAUGACAGAACAAAGGAAGAACAAGCAGAGGCUGGGCUUCCUUGGAUCAAACACACCCCAUGUGAACCAUCACAUGCCACCACACUGACACCAUGGGGGCACGCCGUGACCAGCCUUUCAUCAGAUGCCUGCCUCGUUGCUGAAGGAAGGAUGAGAUGGAGGGAGCAAACAGUGGCUAUUGUUGAGAAGCUAAAAACAGCCAAGUGCCAAGAUGCUGAGCCAUUGAGCUCCCGGAACAAUCCGUAACUGUGUUUUCACGCUUGAGAAGACUCAAGCUAAAAAAACCAGCACAGGGCACAGACUCUCAGUGCAGCAGGAAACAACCAGGCUGGGGGGGAGCAGCAGACUGCUCAAUCGAUGGGCCUUGGGCUGGUCUCUCACAUGCUGUCUGCAACCUGGAGUCCGGUUAGAUUUUAUUUCUUCAAAUUGUGGCACACAGGUCAGAGACGAGAAGCCACACUCGGCUGGUGGCCGAGUCUGACUAAGAAAAAAAAUUUUAAAGAUUAAAAAAAAACAAGACCUGAAAAAGGAAUCUCUGUUAAGCUUCUGAAUCUUACAUGUAACCGGACAGUUUCUUCACGACAUGAAAUGUGACGGGCUCAGAGCUCUACACGCUUGGUGUGCUUUGAAGGUUCACACCCCACACACGGAAAACAUAACUGGAGCAGGGUCGCUUUCUCCCGGAUUCUGUGCAGGGCUGCACAAAAGGGAGGUUUCAUAGAACUGGCUAAGAGUGCGCUUAAAGUCACGUGAAUGCCAAGAUCAUGAAAGUGGAGAGGCUUGACCAGGAAGCAGGGUUGAGCACAGAUGCUAUUAAAAUAUACUGGUAUUAAUAAAGGAAACACUCAAAGGGACAGAGAACAUUGAGAAAUUCCUCUGGUGGUUUUGCCUUUCACAAGCAUGGAGUAAAAAGCAAGUUGAUUUGUACCUGUGGUGCCUGAGGACCUGAGUGUUUGCUAUCCCUGCAGCGGUGGGAGGGAAAUCUAAGGACUAUAUUGAAUACUCAAGAAUAUGCAGGCUUUCAAUGGCUGUUACAGUAACAGUUUGUCAAAGUGUAGGCAGGAUGGAAGUUCCUUCCCCCAAACUGUUUCCAUGUUGAAUCUUGGGACCAGAAUUUAUGUAGGGAGAGAAUAGCCUGGGUAGAUACAUUGUUUUUGGAGACUAUUUGAGGCGUUAGAGACAGAGAUGAGGAAAGAGUGAAAACUGUGGUGGAGGGCCACCAGCCAUGACACUACAUUCUGAGCCUCUCAGCCACCAAGGGCCACGUGGGGUUUGUUACAACAACGUUUAAAGCUUUAGGGGGCUUCAAGGCAGCUUUAGCUGUUGGCUCCUAAUAAAUAAAAUCCUGGAUCUAUAUGGACUCACUGUGCAGCUGGGAAGCCUGAGUGGAUCCACCUUCUACUUCAUGGGUCUAGCCUUGGGACCCAGUGAGAGGCACUGAAUUUACUCAACCUGCACACACUAAGACCAUCCUAAAAUAAGACAUGCUCUUGGACAGAGCAGGACUUCUCUUAGCCUGAAGUUGGAGGCUGCUGACACCCAUGACCUAAAGUGUUGUGAGCUAAUUCAGUGCAGCACUGACCUUUGGCCCUUGUCAGGGAUCUGCUGCAGUUACCCCUAAUUCUUUGAUAGAACUUUAACGUAUAAUUACCAACUUUUGUCUAAUGGUGCCACCAAAAUUAGACUGAGGCAGCCAUUUUUAAAAACCCAAGGCUAUCAAUGCUGUGACAGUCUUUGAUAAAAGUCCAGUACACUGGGCAAGAGAAAGGGGCGGAAACUGCUGUGUGGUAUGUCUGACCUAACGUCCAAGCCAUUACAGCAGCUCACUGUCUGACACUAUCUUCUCCUGUGGGAAAUACCCAGAAGAGAUUUCUCCUAAUAAGACUCUCACUGUGUCAAUUUUUUUCAGCUGCAAUUUUUCUUUCUUUCCCCUCUACAAGAUAAAGACUAUAAAAUGAAAUUUUUAAAGAAAAGCAAAUGAAACAAAAGGCACUUUUCUAGGACAUGGAAUUCAUAAAGAUAUUUAAAAAUGAGGAAAUCUGAAGUCUGGUGAGAGUUUUAUAUUUGUUAUGUGUGUUUGUUAAUGCAAACUGGAUUGUUUGAAGUUGAGUAUACUUGGUAUUCUCAUAUGUAUAUAGCAAUAUUAAAAACACAGUCACCUCUGACUUCUGUGCUAGGGAGGGUUUUUCUUAAUAUUUAGGUUAUUAAAAUCCAUAUUGAUUAAAAGUCGCAGCUCCCACUGAAUAAUAUUUUUAAUUUACAAAAGGGUUUGCUCUCCUGUGUGUUCCAUUCUGAGGCUAAAGAGUUUAAUGAAAGAUGUUUUCUAAAUUAAAAUAAUCAUUGGGGAGUAGAGAUCUUGCACUAUCUAGAGAGAAUAUUGACCAGUUGUGUGCAUGCAAAGAUGGUAUUUCCUACCCUUUAGAAAGUUAAGUUACAAAAGGGCUUAUUUUCCUCAAUCUGCCAUUUUUUGCCUGUGGAUAAAGAUUGCAAUUUUUGGUAGACUAUUGAUAAUUUCAGGGAGCUAAUUCAUUUGAAUCAAUGCUGAUAUUGUGUUGAUCCCCGUAUCUCCAACUCACAGCUCAGGCUUUUGACUGUCAUUUAAUUACCAACUGUAACGUGGUAUGACCCACCCUGAGACUGAGUGUGAGUAAGGAGGCCUGGAGGUUGGUGAUGAAGACUAGAGAGGGGACUUCACUUCCCAGCAUGCCAUGUAACCGGGAAAGAAGCAGCUCACCUUCAGGGACCCAGUCGCUUGAGUAGGUCAACAAUGCAUGGGGUUGAUGACAUCACAUCUCAGAGCCUGUAACCAUGCAGACAGCCACACUGUGGAAGAGUAAACAGAAAAUGGCACAUUCCUGACAGCCACUUUAAAGCUUUGUUGAAAGAUUCUAUCCUGGAGAUCCCUUCCAAAAUAGUGUCAGAUGCAAUACAGUUAUCACCUGGAGGGAGCGGGCAUCUUCAACCCAGACACAGAUGGCUGUAGGAGCCAGGCAAAGAGCUAGCAAAGCUGUGCACAUCUCUGAGGCUCCUGCCCUGAGCAGGGGUGGGGAGGCUAUGUAAGCCAGGCUAAGCUUCUAUUUUCAAAAUUUGACAGCCAAUUCCAGAUUUCAGAAAAUGCUGGAGGCUACCCGAGGCCCUGUACUCACUCCUCUGCUGCCGCUUUGAAAUAAGGAUUGAUAGGACUCCUGUGUAGAAGACGACACCAUGCUCAAACCAAACAGAACUGAGUGCAUGUGAAAACAGAGCUCUUGUGAUCAGCUCUCCGUCACCUCCCUGGAGUGUUCCCACAGACUCAAGCAGUUCGUGAAGUGACUGUGCCAGUUCUUACAUCAACAAAUGGAUUCUCUUUCCUCUAGCAAGAGAGAAUGUCUAUCUUGUCUUUUAAAAAGGUGAUUUUAACAUACUGUCAGGGACUGGAUAACUUAUUAGUUAAUAUUAAUAAAAAGAAUUUGCAUCUGG